AUGACGUCCAAGGUGGUUCCCGUGGGCACCAUCCUGAUCGGCUACCUGGGCGCCGCCAGCUCCAGCGUGCCCAUCCUGGCCAUCGUGACGUCUCGGCGGCUGCGCGGCCAGCCCAUGUUCCGCACCAUCACCAACCUGGCGCUGUGUGAGGCCUGGUUCCUGCUCUGGGGCGGCGUGCUGGGCACCGUCAACAUGGCCGGCGCCCAGAUGGAGCCGCACCUCUGCGCCGCCUUCCUGUGCCACAACCUGAGCGUCGGCACCGGCGGCUCGGUGGCCAUGCUGGUGGUCUCGGUGGAGCGGUACGUGGCAGUGGUGCACGGCCUGCGCUACAGCGCGCUGCUGACCCCGCGCCGGCUCUGGCUGCUGCUGCUGGCGCCCUGGGCGGUCGCCGGCGCCAUGUGGCUGCUGACGGGCGCCGCGCUGCUGGCCACGCUGGGCCCGGCGCCGCUGCGCUGCCGCUUCCUGGAGGUGAUGCCGUCGCGGCUGAAGCUGGCCUUCUCUGGCACGAUUUUCGCGCUGUGCGCGGCGAUCGUGGCGGUGAACCUGGUCAUCAGCCGCGUGGCACUGCGUCACCAGGCAGACAUCCGCCAGCAGCGCCGUCAGGUGGGCCGCGAGAGCCGCGAGGACGUCAGCGCCUACUGGGGCGUGCUGCGCGUCACCGUCGUCUACAUCCUGUUCCAGACGCCGGCCAACGUGGUGCUGCUGCUGGAGCUGCUGUGGAAGCAGCAGCCGCCCGCGCUCAUCGCCGUCGCCUCGGUGCUCGUCCUGAUCGCCUUCGCCAUGGACGGCUGGUUCUUCGGCUACUACAACGCCAAGCUGCGGCGCCGCUACGCGCUGUUGUUCGGCUGCGGCGCCGAGGAGCUCGACGACGACCAGCAGGGUGGCGCGCUCGGCCGGGACGACGACGGCGACACGGAGGGCGUGGUGCACCUGCACGUGCGCCGGCAGACGCGCGUCUCGCCGGCCGAGCGGGCGGCCAGAGGCACACAUCCUUCUUCAAAGCUCACACUUCCCGUUACGGGCUGA